AGAAAAAGAGGAAGUAAGGAUAUUGCAUGGAACCAUUGUGCAGUCGUUGAUCCUUCAGAAACGAAACAUCUACGAUGUAAUUAUUGUGGUAAAGAUUAUUGGGGUGGCGUUACAAGAAUGAAACAUCAUCUUGCCGGGAUACGUAAUGAGUGUACGAUUUGUGAGAAGGUUCCAGAUGAAGUAAAGGAAAUAUUUGCUAAACUGUUAAGUAGCAAAAAAACGAAGAAUGAGGCAAAUAAUCUUGAAGUUUUGGAUGAAGAAAUAGUCGAGGAUGUUGGCAAAGAAAGAGGAGGAUUACAUCCAUUUUUCUCUAAAAAAGGGCCUACAUUGAAACAAGCAACGAUUAAUUUUUAUUUUAAUAGCUCUUUGGUGGGAAAGUUAUGGUGGAGAAGUAAAGGAAUUGCAAAAGAUUGCUAUGAGAAUUUUAAGUCUCACAUGUAGUGCUACCGGAUGCGAGAGGAAUUGGAGUACAUUUGAACAAGUGCAUACAAAAAGAAGAAACCGCUUGGAGCAACAAAGACUUAAUGCACUUGUCUAUGUUAAGUACAAUCUCCAACUUGAUGCGCGACAAAAAAUUCGAGUAGAGAAGGGAGAAGCUUAUGAUCCAAUAUGCUUAUCGGAUAUUGAAUAUGAUGACGAGUGGAUCACCGAAAAAGAAGACCCUUGCUUACCUGAAGAUAGUGCAUGGAUGGAUGUACAUGAAGAUUUUAGCUUUAGUGGAGAAGCUUCAAGCUCAAAACGGAAAAGAGGUCCAAGAAAUUUGAAUGCCAAGUUUGAGAUUGAUAAGAGAAGAAAGGGAAAGGCCAAAGUUAGAGUCGAUGAAGUUGAAGAGAUUGAUGAAGAUGAAGAUGAAGAUGAAGAUGCAGAUAAUUGUUUGAAAUUGGUUGAUGAGGAAGAUUUAAGUGACAUUGAUCUUCAAGAUUUCGAGUGAUGGAUUAUUUUAUAAAUUAGGGAUUUGAAUUUGAACUUCGAUGAUGUUAUUUAAUGAACAAUUAUGAUUUUUGUCAAUAUUUUAUAAUUUGAUGUUGAAACUUGAAUUUGAA